UCGACAUAGCACUACGCAGGCGCUAACUAGCGCCUUUGCCAACUGCCCACCCCUUUCGCUGCGGUCGCUGGAGACACCCCCCCCCCGGGGGCUAAUGCGCAAGCGCCGUUCUUCCCCCACUCGCGGUGGGCUGUCUCGUUACGCAUGCCCGGGCGGCGGCGGGACAUUCCACGGAUCUUACCGCCGGAAGUUCGGCGGCCAUUACCAAAGAGUACGGGCUCGGCGGGCCAGCUAGAGGGGCUUGUUUCCGCCCCGCUCCCGCGCGGCGGGCGGCCAUCUUACGUGCGCGCAAUAUAGGGCUGCGGCGGGAUUGGCUCCGCGUCGGGGGUCCGUGCGCGGCUUCCCACCUACCAGGGCCGGAUCCCGAGCCCUUCCCCGCGGGGCGGGACCUCGCAACGGCCGACUCCUGACCCGGUGGAGGGUAACCCCGCUGGAGAAACCCCUUAAGUUCUGGGAAUAGCGACUCCGUAUCAUGGCCGGCAGCCCUCAUGAAGAUGCGGAAGGAAGCAGAAUCACUUAUGUGAAAGGAGACCUUUUUGCAUGCCCCAAAACAGACUCUUUAGCCCACUGUAUCAGUGAGGAUUGUCGAAUGGGUGCUGGGAUAGCUGUCCUCUUCAAGAAGAAAUUUGGAGGGGUGCAGGAACUGUUAAACCAACAAAAGAAAUCUGGAGAAGUGGCUGUUCUGAAGAGAGAUGGGCGAUAUAUAUAUUACUUGAUUACAAAGAAAAGGGCUUCACAUAAGCCAACUUAUGAGAACUUACAGAAGAGUUUAGAAGCCAUGAAGUCCCAUUGUCUGAAGAAUGGAGUCACCGAUCUCUCCAUGCCCAGGAUUGGAUGUGGUCUUGAUCGUCUGCAAUGGGAAAAUGUAUCUGCAAUGAUUGAGGAAGUGUUUGAAGCAACAGACAUCAGAAUUACUGUGUACACACUGUGAACAGAUGCACACUGUGGAUGUGUCCAUGAUCUCCUGUGUCAUCCCUACUGGACCAUAGCACUGGGCGAACUGACCUUAAAACAGUCUAAAGAAAGUUUCAUGUGAAGUAGUCUAUGUCACAGGCUAGACUUUGGUUGCUGUGUUCUCAUGAUGAGACUGGGACUCUGGAGGAGGGAUUGCUUGGAAAAUGUUGAUGUGAUUUUUUUUUUUCUUUUUUCUUUUUCUUUUUUUUCUUUUUUUCUUUUUUUUUUUGACAGGAAAGUAAGGAGUAGAAUGCCUCAUAUUAGGCAAGUAAACCAGAUAGUUGAUUGGGCCUCUGACCAGUUUUGCUCCAGGAUACUACCUGACUUGUUCAGUCUGCCACUAGGUGGCAGCAUUGAUUCUACUUCUCUGCUGUUGAAGAGAAAUUCCAGAAAGGAUGAAUAUUUCAAGUAGUUUUUCAUCUUUUGUCAUUUGUGAGAUUGUUUGAUAUUAUCCAUAUGUCAUAUCCUAGGAGAGAAUUCUGGGUUUUGUUUUGUUUAAAUUACAAAAAUAAGUCUUAACGUUGUUAAUAAGAAAUUUGUGGUGAGAGAAAAGGAAGAAUAAAUAUCUUUUUCUUGGGGGUCCA